AUGGGUGGUUCGGGUCGCUGGAGAGUGUCUGCCUGGGCUUUGUGGGCUGAGAUGGUGGCGCGAUCAGAUCCGCUGCUAGAAGAACAUGGCGGGGGAGUGAAAGGAGUAGAUAGCGGCUCCCGAUGUUGUUACACGAGAGAAGCACGCCCCCUUCCGCCCUCGCCCCAAUCGCCGCGGGAGGAAGGCGCGGAGAGCACGCCCCUCCGCGGGGUACCGCCAAUCGCAGGGAAACGACCGCUGCGGUGGCCCCGCCUCUGCCAAUCAGAAGCGACACAAACACUUCGGGUCACGCCCGCUUCCGCACGCCGCCCAAUCGGGGCAGACACAAACAACGGGCACGCCCCGGUCUCCAAGUCACGGGCCCACAGUGCGAAGCGCAGGGUCGGGACGAGCUGCUCUCUUCUCGAGAGCGGCCGGGCAAUGGGGCGGUGUGCAGGCAGGCUCGGGCACGCCCCCGCGCGCCGCGCAGCCAAUGGGCGGGGACGUAAACACGGGACGGCCCGCCCCUCGGCGGGAGGCGGAUGCGCAUCGCUGGGGAUGGAGGUGCCGGCGCUGCGGCCUGCUGGGGCGGCCCCGGCCGUGGCCGAGGGGGCGGCGGCGGCGCGGGGGCGCGAGGAGCGGAGCCUGGAGGCGCUAAGCCUGGCGGGCGGCGCGGCGGCGCGGCAGGCGGCGGCGGCGGAGGGGCGGCGGGCCACGCUGGCGAGCGCGCUGGAGCUGGAGGGGACGGUGCUGCGCGAGGGGCGGCUCACGCAGUUCGUGGCCAACAACCUGGAGCGGCGAAUCCGGCUGAGCGGCGCCCCGCGGGGGGAGGCGGCGGCGGCGGGGCCCAUCCCCGCCAUCGACCCCGGCGCGCUGCAGGACGUGGUGGCCCUGGCGGGGCAGGUGGCGGCGCAGGUGGACGAGCUGCUGCGCAACGUGCACUGCGGCCUGCAGGCCCUCACGGCGCUCAGCGUGGGCUGCAUCCAGACCUACCGCGACGGCGUGGAGAGCCUGGGCGAGGCGGCCGACCUCAGCAUCCGCGCCAUGUACGCGCUGGUGGCGCGCUGCGAGGAGCUGGACCGCGCCAUGCAGCCCGUGCCCGCCCUGGCCAAGCGCAUCCGCGACAUGAAGGGCACCCUGGAGCGCCUGGAGGGGCUCUGCAAGUAGCCGCGGCCGCGCAGCCCCCCGGCGGCCCCCCGCCCCCGGGCCCGGCCGCCUCGACGUGCGGGGCCCGAAGUCCCAGCUGCGGGGCCACCGCUGCCGCUGGGCCUGCGAGCCGAGUGCAUGCGACUGUUAAAGAGCCUCUCGCACCCCUACGAGCCGUUCAAGCUUUUCCUCACUUCUUUUUGGUUUUUUUUUUUAGCGAGAGAAGCUGCCGCUGCUUUUCCAGAGUGUGGUUGCUGUUGGGCUCCCUUGGCUUGAAAUGCGAUGGUUCUGUCCCGCUGUGUGUGGCUGGCUCCCGUGUUUUCCUAAAACUGUCACUCUGAGAAGCAAUGCUGUGUUUUUAACACAGCGGCCUUCAGCCUUGCACUCCUGCUGCAACCCCUCUGAAAUAGGCCCCGUCACCUUUUUUGCACCCAGUGUCUUGAGGUUUCCACGUCUGUGUUUUUCCUGUUUGUUUGUUGCCCUGUAUGUUCACUAGCCUACAUUUGUGGCCAGUUCCCUGCUUUUAACUGGAGGAAGUGACAUUUUCACAGACUAUGGAGGAAAAAGGUCCCAGUUUAAAUCACUUGGAAAAUUGCACACAGUGCUUUUUAGCUUGAGUUCCAUUAAAGAAUUUUGAUUCCACAUGCCUUACACUUCCUAUUUAUUGAGGGCUAGGAAAAAGUAGCCAAUGGAAGUCUUUAACUAAAAGCACCUAUUAAUAUUUUUUUUCUACCAAAACAUAAAUUGUUUUGAAUACUUGUUUGAUGUUUUCAGGCUUUGUGUUAUUCCUAGUUGACUUAGUGCCUAUCUAGAAAAAUCCUUAUUUCAGCAAAGAAACAUGCAGGAUAAAAUUCUACUGUCUCUUACAAGUCACUGGUAUAAGAGAGGAUAGAUAAGAGAAAAUUUAAUGCAUGUAACAAUGACAUUACUUUCUGAGAAGAGUAUAAAAUCAAUGGAAUGUAAUUGAGAUUCAGAUAGAAACAAAUCGACAAGCAAAGUUCUAAAAACAAAUUCCAGAUAAAAUAUGUCUUGCCUAUGUAAGUGUCUACAGGUUUCACAGUGUAGAAGUUUAACUGGCGUCGCUGUAAAAUCAUUCUGUGAUUUUUCUUCCCCCAAUUUGGAAAAUACCUAUUUAAUUGAGGAAUAUGAAUACAUGAUGGCAUUACAAAGAUGUGUGACUAUCUUGGAAAGGGUAUUUUGUGAGAAUUUGCUUGUAUAACCUGGAGCUUUUGUAUAAGCGUCACUGUAUGCAGAAGUUAUUUUGCUGUAUCAGUAAGUAUUUCUCCUGAGUUGUGAGAGUAGCUGAAUUUUCUGCUAGCUGGGGUUCCUAUGCAACUAACCUUUUGUAAGAUGCUUCGUAGCAAUCCAGUUAGGUAACAAGUGUAUGGAUCCUCGCAACAAGAUUUCAUCAGAGAAAUGAUCACUGUGAUCUUAUGUGUGUGUAAUGGUGCUUUUGGUGGCUUACAGCUCCUAAAAACCUUGGGGCAAAGGUAUCCAGAAAUACUGCCUAAGUCCUGUAACUUUUGGUUGAAGAGUCGGUAAACUUAUGAUGGGGGCAGCUGCUACCCCAUUAUAGCCUUAUUACACAGUACCAAAGAGUGAGAGGUAAACAUCAUUAUACACUGUGCUACUAUAGUGUAACAAAAUAAUUAGGUUUUUUGCUACCCUGAUUUGUGUAAUGCCAGUCUGUGGCCUGUUUUGAGUCUCUCGACGUGGCCGUGCCUCCACAUUUUCCCUCAGCAAGAGGGAUGUAUUUCACAUAGGCCUUACAGCCUUAGCAGUGGGGGUGGGCUGGGAGUGGGCUGUGCUGUGCUCCCCUCUCCUUGUGGUCAGCAGCUCCCAUGGUAUAUGGUGUCUUCUAAGGAAUGGUUGUGGCUUCAGAAAGAGACUAGAUCAUUAAAGAGUAGAGGUUAGUGGAGAUAAAAAGGAGAACUUACUGCCCCUGCACAUGAGCCUAGAAGGUCAUUACUUCCCAUGAGCCUAAAAGAUUCAUGAUACCAUAGCAACAGCUGUAAUCUUAAUAGUUUUGGGGCAUCAUUCUUGGAAAGAUUUGAAAUAGUAUUGUCUAUCAUGGAGAUGCAGUAGUUUCACCCAGUACAUUUUUAUUCUGUAUGUAUCAGGAGUUAAAACUGAAGCUUAAUCUUGGUUAACAUGAAGUAUUAUUGAAAUGUACAUAGAAGACCUGCAAGCUAAUUUGUAUAGCCAAAUAAGUACAACUCCACUUUAUUCAUACAGCCUAAGGUUAAGCCCUAAAGCAUACAUGUUUUAGUACACAAAUGGUUUUUAACGGUAUUUCAUUUGCAGUCAGGCUGCAUUUAAUGCUCAUUCCCUGCUAAAUUAUCAAGUCUAUAGAGUAAAAACAUUACAUUUUUUAAAUAGUUAGUGAUCAGUUGUUGUUGAAGUAUUUCUCUUCUUAAUUAUGGCCUUUCUUAUUUGGUAAAAUAAUUCGAAAGAUAAUUUAAACUGCUCCUGCAUCUGCACAGAGACCCAUUAAUGUGAUUGCUGUGACAGUUUCAAUCUGGAUCCUCAGGUAGUCAUUUCUGGCAGUGAUGUCAUUCAUGUGAUGAAAAAGAAAUGACUAGUGAUUUACAAGCAUGAAGGAAGUGGUAAUUACACUCUAUGGGUUUUUCUUUUUUUAACCUUGUCAGUCUGAAGGCUCCAACUUGUUUGAAGGCAGACUUAGCUGAGCUGGGCGCAGUGGUUCCUGUUCCCAGGUGUCCACCUCAUACAUCUGCCACGAGUUUACCGUCCCUGGGGCAGGCAUUGGGGGAUUGAUACGAACCUGUUCUGUGCUGCCUCAAUCAAUCGCAGUAUGUUAACACAUAGCUACUACGAUUUACAGCCUCCCUGUCUGGUAUCUACUUUCUUCGCUGCAGGACUGGUGACACUUGCUGUGUCUGUAUCGGUGCAGCUCUGAUGCCAGCCCUGCCCUUGGAGUUGCAUUUGAACUGCUGGAAAGCUACCUGCAGCUCACUGGGUAACCUGUCCCUGUUGCAGCUAGUAAUCGCUGUACUGCCUUUUAAUCCUAGUCCAGGUUUCCUGUGCAUGUUCUGUAUUAAUUCUUAGCACUUUCCAACUUUCAGAUGUUCAGCUUGAAAGCUUUCAGGUUCUUUUAGCCUUUUUUGCUUAAUUUGUCAGUGAGCAGAGUGAAACCAUGUUUGCAUUUGCAGGAACUUAGAAUGUGUUUGCAUAUUUUUUUCUUGCUUAAUCACUCAGCUGUACAAUUGAUCUUGUUUUUCUUUUCUCAUCAGCUGCCAAGUGUACUUUUAUCAUAACAAGACCAACAAGGUCAGUAAGGAAAAAUAACAAAAUAAAAUGAAAUACAGGACUCUAAGUAAUGCCAGAUUCAGAAUUAGCUGUGUUCUGGAAAUGACUUUCCUCUUCUGAUAACCAUCACCGACUCCAUUAUAUUAGGCUUGUUUGUUAAUUAUUGUUUUUCAUUUGGGUCACGUAUCUGAUUUGACUAAAGAAGUCCUUCUUUCGGUGAAGGUGUGGUUGGUCCUGCUUGAUUCAAGGGUUUUUUUCCUCCCUUCUCCCUUUGUGAGGGUUUGUAUUCCCUGGCUCUUAGUUGAUUCCAUAUCCAUGCUGUUUGAAGAAGCUUUAUAAAAUAAAACCUUACAACAUGUAAAAAAAACCCCAAACUUACCUGAAGCAUGAAUGAAUAUCACUGAUAUUUCAGCUUUUUGGCUUUUUUCAGUGUUGCCUAAUUUCACUGGGUGUUCUGUACUCAAAUAUAUCAACCUUUUUUUUAAAAAAAAAAUGUUUUAUUCGCAGCUGAUUUGUGUGUCUUGCCACCAGGCAGAUACUAAAAUAAGUAGCUCUUUUGGCUGGAAUUUCCACAUUUAUGGUUGUACUUACUCCCAUGAGCAAAGCUCCUCAAUCAGUUAUGGGUAUGUGAGAAAUGAAAUGUAGUAUGGAGCGGCAUUCUGGUUCUUAAAAUUAGCUGAGUGCAAGAGCAUUCUGCUUGGCAUUAAAGAUGCUACUAUUUUGAAAUGAUUUCAAAUAACAUGUCUGUACUGCCAGUAUACAAAACCCUGAAUUUUACAGCUUCAGAAUUAUCUACCACUUUCAGUACAGUAGUACAUCAGCUACUGUAGCAAACUGUGUUAACUCAAGCUGUGAAAACAGUUAAAAGUAAGGUAGAGGCCUCUUGCAGUAGGCAUUAUCCAACAUAAUGGAUUCUUACUGUCCACACUACCUUGUACUGAUCAACGUUGGCAAGCGCACUUGAAAAAAAGCCCUUAGAAGAUCAACAGGUCGUGUUCAUGUUGCAGUCACAGCCUACUUUUAUUUGUUGCUAGAAAUUUGCUUCGAGAAGGGCAAAGACACUUCUCUGAAAAUCAUGAAGAAUCCAGCCUGUACAUUUUAUGUGAAUAUUGGCCCCACUUCUGUCCUCACCUCUGCUUGACCUCUUCCAGGACACACAUUCUGGGUACUCUUUCUUCAGAGUAUGUAAGAGUAUGGUUAAGAUCAAGAGAGAUUCAUGACGUUUCUCCUUUAGAGAGCUUAAUGCAAUUCUUGCAUCAGAUACAGGAAGCGAAACUGGAUUGGUUUUGAAAUUUGCUACUCCAGCUUGGUGACAAGGGAAAGCUUUGGUGAUCAUUAAUCCCUGCUGUUCAAAGCUUGAGAAUUAGACAUGUGAUCAAUGGACUUGGGCCCUGAGCUUCCAGUGCAGAAGUUAAUGUCCUCCUACCCUCCUUUAUGACAACAGGAGUAGAAUUAUGCCCUUAUCUAGUGACAGGAAGAAUGAUAAAGAAUGGCAUUUGCAGACUUCCCUGUGAUUUUGUUUCCCUUCUGCUAUUCAUAUACAGCAAGAGCAAAGCAUAAAAAAAAAUCUCAAACAUAACUCCCCCCAAAAGACUGCCAAGUGACCUUCUCUUCCACAUUUGUGAGGAUGUAAAUAGGAUUGCAGUUUCAUAAAUAUUAACCAUUACUGGCUGCUGGGGAUAGCACAUUUGAGACGGCUGUCUGUGGUUGCUUUGAAUCCUGAUGAUGACAGAGAGAACUUGAGCUUGAGAAUAAUAAAAUACUGCAUAAUUAUUUUAAUAUUUAUAGGGUUGGAGAUAAGGCAGUCCAAGUGACAUUUCCCAAACUCAUCUGUUUUGUGUUAGUAUGGUUGUACUGCCACUUUGUUGAAUCUUGGUUUAUUUCAGAGAAAGGUAGAUGUUUCUGUUAAUACUUCUGUUUUCAUCAGUGCUCAUUAGGGAAGAAUUCUGGAGUGUUGCCCAGUGCUGUAUGUCUUGUCUCAAAGUGACCGGCCAUGGCGUUUCCUUGUUUUCUUGGCAGACAAUGCUGGAAAAAUUCCCAGCAUUGAACUUGCUUGAAAAACAAGCAACCAUGCCCAGUGAGGUUGUCGGGAGGCAUAUUGUGGAGCAGAGCUUCCUUGUCUAAAAAUACAUGUCAAUCAAGGGGGAGGGGAGGAAGAACAACCCACAAACUUGCCAGAUGGUCAUUUCUAAUUUUACAGCGAUCUGAUAAUCCCGGGUAUCUGUGUUGUCACUGGGAUUGUUUGACUACACUCAGUGGAAAACCAGAAAAAUCCCAAGUUGAAGGUCUUGUCUUUUUUGUAAAUGAACUUUCUUUCUGUAGCCUAAUACCAGGAAUGAAGUUUACUGGCUUAUUCAUCCUAAUGAGAUUUUUCUUGUUUGAACUUGAACUGCAGUCAUUAAAAGAAAUUCUAACCUGAAAAUAAACUCCUUUCAUGUGAAAGUA